CGAGUAAAUACAGCAUCCCUACUAUCCGUACGUCUGACGCCGUUACUUUUUUUUUACCGGCGCAGGGGUUUAUCCAUCCGUGCUUCAAUUAACACGUGAACGCUGAGAUAUUUUUAUGCAAAUUUUAAGCUUUAUUUGUGCACGAGCUGAAUCACACACCACAAAUUUGCCGGGCCAUGGCACGACCCCAUCUCAUCGUCUUCUUCUGCCUCAAGGACAGUUUAUAUAAUCCAAAAAUCGCUCAUAAAUUGAUUAUGAUUUCGUUUUCCUUCUUCCUUCUGUCAAGCAUCCAGAAAAGAAAAGCACAACACUUUCUUGUUCCGUGUCUUGUUCAUUUUUCUGUAAUUAGUAAUUUAUUACAGCAGUUUCUCCUUUCUUUUUUUCUGGGUUCUCUCGAAAGUUUGGAAAUUGGGAAGCUUUCCUUCUUGUUGUCCCAAGAAACUUUGAUGGGUUCUCUGAAUAUUUCGAGAAUUGAGGCAUAACAUAAGCUUUUUUUAUUCUUUUUUUUUUUUUUAACNUGUGCGAGAGGUUGUAGAGUUUUACUAAGUAGGAUUGAUGAAUCAGAAUAUGUUCAGCUCCAAGCUGUUGUGUUCCGGUUCGGAGAUGAUGCUCGCAAGCCCUUUUCUGAAUAGCUCAAGGCAUUUGGCCGGAGCCGGUUCACGGUAUUGUUUUUGCAGAGGUGCUCAGGUAAAGGCUUCAUACUCGAAUUCUCCAAGAAAUGGUAAUUAUGGUACGGUUUCAGCUACACAACAGGAUCUAUUGGACUCUUGUUCGUAUCGAAUUAAUGGAAUUAAUGGUUCGGAAAAUAGUUCGUUGUUGAAUAAAGAUAAAGUCUUGGAUGCAUCUGAUGACGGGUAUGAAGGAGUAGUGAUCAAUCCAGAUAAAUUGCCGACUGAUACAAACGAAUUUGCCUCUCGACUUCGUUUUUCUCUAUACCAAUGGAACAUAAGGGGAAAGAAGGGGAUUUGGCUCAAGUUGCCGUUGGAAAGAUCUAAUCUCGUUCCUAUAGCUGCACAGGAAGGAUUUGAAUACCAUCACGCAGAGAGAUCGUAUGUCAUGAUGACUUACUGGGUCCCACAGGGACCUUGCCUUCUUCCUCCAAAUGCUUCCCAUCAUGUUGGAGUCGGUUCUUUCGUGAUAAAUCAUAAAAAUGAGGUGCUCGUCGUGAAAGAAAAGCAUUGUGCUCGGGAGCUUGUUGGUCUCUGGAAAAUACCAACCGGUUUCAUUCUCGAGUCAGAAGAAAUCUAUAAUGGGGCUGUACGAGAAGUAAAAGAGGAAACUGGGAUCGACACGGAAUUCGUGGAAGUUGUUGCUUUCCGGCAUGCCCAGAAUGUUUCCUUCGAAAAAUCGGAUAUGUUUUUCGUCUGUAUGUUACGACCUCUGACAACUGAAAUCAUGGUUGACGAUGUAGAGAUUCGAGCUGCCAAGUGGAUGCCUCUGAAUGAAUUUGUAAACCAGCCUUUAAUAGUAGGGGACAACAUGUUCAAGAAAAUUGUCGAGAUUUGCAUGGCUCGGCUAGGAAAGCGCUAUUGUGGACUGUCUGUACAUCAACUGGUUUCUAAAUUUGAUGGCAAAUUAUCCUCAUUGUAUUUCAACAUGAUUGAGUAUCAAGAUUCUGGUUGUGAAGCUAACUAACUGAGGGAAAUUUGAUCAAUUAAAAAAAAAAAACCAUUGUAAUAUUUAUAUCAUGUAAUGUACAUAGCAGUUGUGCAAAAUGCAUUCUUUGUGCCUAUGAUAGACAUUUUUAUCAGUAAUUUUUUUGUUAGUUUCACUUCUCCAUUUUCCUUUCACCUCUG